AAAGUGGGGCGCAAUCAGUCCCAACUCCAACAGUUGAUCACAAUCUACCCCAGUCAACGCACAAACCAUGUUGUACGUUCUUGCUUUCGCCGUCCUCGUCGCCUCAGUCUCCGGAGCGCCUAAUGCCGGAACAGGACGACUUAUUGGAGGUACCCAAGCAGCUUCAGGAGAGUACCCCUUCGUCGUUUCCAUCUCUCGGCAAGAUCAGCACGUUUGCGGUGGAUUCAUUUACAACGACCGAUGGGUCGUUACAACAGCCAAAUGCGUCCAUGGAAAACCUCAAGAGGAAUUGAAGGUUACCAUUGGUGCCCUGUCGCUCAUCACUCCUGAUCCAGAGGAGCAAAUCAUCACCAUUUUAUCUAUUGUCGAAUUCGAUCUAUACGAUCCACUUUCUUUGAAGCACGAUAUCGCUCUUAUCCAGCUGACUCGACCGAUUGUAUUUGGCCCAACUGCGCAACCCAUCCGGUACGAUGAAAUCGAUGAGCUGGCCAGACCCUGGGACGCAUACAUUGUCGGAUGGGGUGCAACUUUCGAAGGAGGAAUCCCAGCUACAAGACUUCGUUGGGGUUCCAUCGAUAAUCUUAUGGCCGAUUGUCGUGCCUACGGUAUCGACGAGUACAUCCAGAACUUCAUGAUUUGCGCCGGAUCUGACUCAGGAACCGUGUCCCCUUGCCAGUACGACGAAGGAACACCUUUGGUUCAGAUGGCUAAUUAUGGUGGCAUUCCAGAAAGAAUUGUGGUUGGCAUCAUGUCGAAGAACCAGGGCUGCACUGACUUGAGUAUUCCAUCGAUUUACACCCGUUUGGCCACCUACUACUCCUGGCUUCUGCAGACCGCUGGACAACAACCGGCACCGACUCGCUAACUUUCUUCUUAUAACUUUAAAUCAAGUGUAAUGUUCAUAUAGUUGCUUCAACCCCCCCCCCCC